AUGCACAUUUCUUCCUGGAAAAGCAAAGCAGAAAAGUGGGGAAAAGCAUCAUCAGGACAAGAAGAUGACAGAUUUUUCCGGAAGCCAAACAGCAAAAAAGACAGAAUCGUCGUGGACCUGAAAAAUUUCCUUUCGAGAAGAUUCGCCAAUUCAAAGAAAGCUCCUGACAUACGAGUGCAGGUCGGGAGUCAUUCAUCCGCUGACAAUGAGGACAGAGAAUUGGCGAAAAAGUUGAAUGUCUGGCUCAGGAAAUUCCUGUUGCAUUCGGUGAACGAUAGAGUGAUGGACCGGAAAUUCGCGGAUAUUCACGAUUUCAGCAUCAAACCGGAACGAAAGCACGUGGCUAUUGACUCACAGUUUCGAUUCCCCCGGAAUUUCGUCGGCAGAUGUCCAGGAAGUGCUGCUUUUCUGAUCUGAAGAACAAGAAAGCAUAACAGAAUUCCCGCGAGAAAUACUGUACACUGUCCACGUCUUUUUAAUUGAAUCAAUUCCAAAGAACAACAUCACAUUACUUUGAACAGGUGAGAUAAUGCGCUGCAUUUCAUAUUCAAACAUCAUUACUCGUCAAUACAGCUUCCGGCGGUUAUCGAAAAAGACACAAUCGUUCAUCAUCAGAAAAGCUUGAUUCCUUUUAUGUACAGUGAACACAGAAAAUGUGGACACCCCAAUUUACAUUCCACUCAGGGACACAAAAACCUCAAAAAAGCUGAUCCAACGUCUUGAAAAUUGCUGAAGAGUAAAAAUGAUAGGGGC